UUUUAUUCCCUCAACUCUCCAGGUUUCACAGAUGCGCGACGCUGCUACACUAUACUCUGCUCUACUCUACUAGUCUUCUGCUAGAUGCUAGUUGUUAGACCACUAUUCUACCUGUUUGACCCAUACAUUCCCAAUCUACGCCCAUUCAUCCCUCGAAACGGACUAAAAUGAUUGACGAUGAUCCAACUCCUACACUCGUCACUCCCCCCUCGCCUGGGGCGGGAGUCGAAGAGGCAGCGGAAAUGGCUGAAGAAAGUCGGGCUGGGGUCUUCCCAUCAGACUCGGAACGGACGCGCGACGGAGAAAACGAGGCAGCCCAAAAAAUAUCGAAUGCCGCGACUAAGGAUGACAAGCCCGAAGAUUUACAGGAAAUUUCGCGGAAGAUUGCAAUGUCAGAAUAUGAAACCUGGGGGGAAAAUAUAUUGGCCAAGGAGAGACUCAGCGGGAAUCUAAAACUACGAGCGCAGCAGGCAGUCUUACACACUACCUUCUCCGAGAUGAGAAUUACCAACCUCGAGAACGACCUCCAAAUCCUCAAGGAGAAAGUUUUCAACCUCCCCAGGCAAGAGAAGGAUAGAUUCCCUGUUUGCAAACCUAUUCUGAAGCGAUCCGUGGGCGAUGAGUUUCGCAUCACACAUAACUCCAAAAAGGUGCCUAUUGGAGAGCGGCCCUCGAUCGAGGUUCUCUAUUCGCACAGGGUUCCAACAUUCGGAGACGUAAAUAUGGAUCCACCAAAGACGCUGGCUCGACGCACUACCGCGUCUCAUGAGAUGGAAGAGGCGGAUUUUGCAACUUCCACUUCCCCGGAAAGACUUCGGAUCAGGUCUUGGGCGCUGAUAUACCACCUGAGGAAUGUCUGCAGAGAGAGUUUGCCCAGCUCCAAUUCUAUUUUCGAGCGCAUUGAUGAGUCGCCAGCUGUCGUCUUCCUGAGACCUUUCAAACUACUCAUCAUGUACGACCAAGACAUCAGAGAAAGUGUGAAGGAGAUCGAAGCCAUCGUUGAGCAACCCGAGGAGACCGAAGAGAUGAAGAAAAACAAGGCAGCAGCCUUCGGCAACAUCAUAUUCGAAUACGAAGACUUGCUCAAGGAUCUCCGACUACUGAUCGAGUUCCUUGACACAGAUCUAAAAUCAACAUUCAAUGUGCGAAAAUCUCUCAAGGAUGGCACUGCUACCGAUAUCGAGUAUGCAGAUUUGUGGCACCUGUUCGAACUCGGGGAUCUCGCCAUUUCCGGUUUCAACCAAGACCAAGCGUCCAAGGUUGUGAAUUUUACAGGCGGUCGAAAUCCACUCACAAAUAGAAUGGUAGAUGAGGAGGACAGAACACCUCCUGUCGACGGAUUUGCAGUUGAUUGCUGUAGUAUUCAGUUUGAUGGCACAGAUUACGUCCCUAAGCUGCAUAAGUUGUCAAUUGGCAAGUUUAUAGGACGCCGACCAAUCUGCUCUCUUGAGAUUUUUCCUCUGAGAUUCUUACCGAAUUCGAGUGCUAUGCACAACGAGUUGCUAUUACAGGGUCAACGCUAUCUUGCCCUGACAAGCGCACCAUUUUGCCAUAGAAUGCUUCGCGGCCGCACACUAGAUGAGCCCCCUCAAGACCUCGAGGCCCAAGUCAUCGUUGAUAUGGUUACGGCAGUGAAAGCCGAGCCGAUCUGGCGUCCGAAGAAACGGAUUGAAGAAGAGAACCUGACCAAGAAUGACUUAAGGGAGACCAUGAUGCAACCGUUUUGCAACCAUAACUCUGAGGGGUGUUGUGGGUCCGAUAUCAUCUUCAAAGAUCAACAGAUGAAUUGCUUCGCAAAUGCUCCCUUUCUGCGGGACUAUGGGGGGUUGUUCUCGCCACGCCCCGCAACUGAGUUGAAAGAAGACAUCGUUCUUUUACCUAACUGGGCUUAUGGGUUUGUUCUCAGACUUCGCCAAUGGGUAACUUUGAGAGUUUCCGACUUAUCCGAAGUGCUUUUUGAGAACGAUUUCAACCAGCUUAUGAUUUCGGAAAUUCACAAGCAAACGGUCCUGGCACUUGUUCAGACACAUGAAAACGGGAAAACGAAAGAAUCACUCCCUUCUCAAUCCAUAGGAGCCUCAUUGGAUCUAGUCAAAGGAAAAGGAACUGGUCUUAUUCUGUUAUUGCAUGGCGAGCCGGGAGUUGGGAAAACAUCGACGGCUGAGUGCGUCGCUGACAAGACAAAACGCCCACUGUUUCCUAUUACAUGUGGAGAUAUUGGCGAGACAGCCAUGGAGGUUGAAACAAAACUCCAUCUCAAUUUUCGACUUGCGCACAGAUGGGGGUGUGUCUUGCUUCUUGACGAAGCAGAUGUGUUUCUCGCCAAGCGAAACAAGACUGAUCUGAGGCGGAAUGCAGUCACCAGUGUCUUCUUGCGCAGCCUCGAGUACUAUGCGGGGAUUCUAUUCCUUACCACCAAUCGUGUUGGUGGAAUUGAUCCUGCCUUCAAGUCGAGGAUUCACCUCAGCGUCUAUUAUCCUCGACUGGACCUCGAUACGACCCUCAAAUUGUACGAGAAUUUGCUUCUCAGAGCCAAAGAAGAGCAACGAAAAUCCGGCGUUGUCCAGUUUCAGAUCAAGAACAAAGAGAUUCUCAGUUUUGCCAAGCGUCACUACCGCGGGCUUCAGAAAGAAGGGUUUAAUACUUGGAACGGCAGGUACGUACUUGCAAGCCCCUCUCGGAAUCGCUGGAUUUCUAACUGACCGAAAAAAAGACAAAUUCGCAAUGCAUUCCAGACGACAAUUGCACUUGUAGAGAACCAAGUUGCAAACCUUGGCGCUGGUCAGCCCAAGCCAGUCCUCGGGAAAGAGCAGUUCAAAGUGGUGGCUCAGGGCUCAAAGGAGUUC